AGUCACCCCACCCUACUCUCACUCACUACACUAGUGUCAUAUGCACCUUUUGUUGUUUUUCCUAAACAAAACACAAACACAACAAAACCCUCUCUUUUAUUUUCUUUCCUCCUUCUUCUCUUACCACUGUCCUCUCACCAUUACUACUCAUUCUGACACCCCCCUUUUUUCUUUCUUAUUUUCUCUUUCUCCAUCCCAAUGAAAGAGGUAACCGUUGAAGCUGAAGGUGGUGUCCUUGGCCAUGGACAUGGUCAUGGUCAUGGUCAAGGUGGUGUAGCAGCAUCAGAAGUUGCUAAAGGUAACAACAACAAUACUACUAGACCUGACUUACACAACAGAGCUGUGAAGAUUUUAAGAGCUAGAGAAGCUUAUAAUGGUUAUGAAGAAGUUGGUGAAAAACCUUCUAGAUUUGAAACUUUUGGUUGGUAUCUUUAUGAGUUUUGCUUCUACUUUGUUCAAACUGUACUUGUUCCUGUUGUCUUUCCUCUCAUUAUCAGUCAGCUUCAAAGUCCCCCUACUGUUUCACUUCAAGAAUGGAACAAAACUCAUCCUGGCACUCACUGCUCUCAAAAGGAAUUUCAUUUGUAUAACAAACUCACUGGACACACCAUAAGUUCAAAGUUUUCAGCAUUGGAAUGGACAUCAAUUGCUUGGGCUACAGGUCUAGCCAUAGCUGCACCAAUUCUUGGCUUCCUUUCCUUCCACCUCGACGGAAAUUUCCCGAAACUCAUCACUGUUGCAGCAACAGGUGUAGGAGUUUUCUUCUGUCUCCCAGCUGGAUUCUUCAAAGUCACAGGCAUCUUCAUUCCCUACAUUGCUGGCAUCAUAGCAGCCAGCACAGUCGCGAAUGCAGCUCACACACAGCAUCUCGGCCUCAUGAUCCGCGCCUUCACUGGAACAACUCUCAAGAAAGCACAGUUUUUCAUUAGACAAGGUGUUUCAUCCCGCCUCUCGCUUCAUGCUACUGCUGCUGGUUGUUUUGGUGGUGCUUUGAUUUCAUCUUUCACUUACCAUAUGAUACACGAACUUGAUGAAAAUAAGAGUGAUAUUAUGAGUCUUUGGGUUGUUUCGAUUUUCAGUGGAUUAAUUUGGCUUGUUGGGAUCUUGCAUUUAGCUACAGCUACAAGUAGAACCACUGAUUCGAUCUCAUUUUCGUCGAGGCUGCACCCUUUUUCCAUCUUCAAAUAUCCUCAUGCUAUUGGCGGUCUUGCUAGUGUUUUCCUUGCAUCAUUCACAACAAUGGCGAUUUUCAUGGGUGGUGUGAUUUUCAUUGUUGGACAGCUUUGCAUCAGGCCAUUGCAUUUGCUUUUGUUCUGGUUAACCUAUUUCCUAUUCCCACUCGUUUCAUUGUCGCUGCUACAACCUUUGCUGCGCGUGAUUAAGAUGAACUCAGUGAAAAUGCAGAUUGUUGGCUUCUUUUUCUCGCUUCUGUCGUCCGGGUUUGGAUUCUAUUACGGACACAGUCACUGGAAAUGGGGACACUUGGUUCUUUUUGGCGCCAUUCAGAGCACAUCAACAGGGAUUUUGCACGCUUUUGGAAGGGUUUUGGUGUUGGAUUGUGCUCCAUCGGGAAAAGAAGGUGCUUUCUCUAUAUGGUAUGCUUGGAUGAGAGCUGCAGGGUUGUGUGUCGGGUUCACAGUUGGUUCAGUUGGGCCAGGACGGAUUAGGACUUCGUUCGGAGUUGCUUUUUGCACUGCUAUUGCUGGAAUUGUUGUGCUACUUUUUGGAAACAUCAGUGAUGCUGGUGGUGCUGUUGCUGCAGGGAAUGUAAGUGAUGAUAGCGAGAGAAGUUCUCCUGUGGUUUCUGGUUUAGAUUCGAAAGAAGCUGCCCGAGUUUGAAUAAUAACUGCAUUAAUAAGAAGAAAAAAAAACUAAUGAAUGGAUUGAGGGAUGAAUGGUGGUGCAUGGUACAUUGUCUAUGCUUUAUAUGAUUCUUUGCAAAUGAGACGUUAAUGCAUGCAACAGUAGAAAAAAGGGGGGGUUUAUUUUGUAUGAUUGAUUUUAGUUAGGUUUAUUAAUUCUUGUGAUUUACUGUUGUUGCAGCGUGCUUAUGUUUUUUUUUUUUUUCUUUUUAAUUUAAGUUGAGGAUUUGGAUUCUGACAUGUGUAACAACUGUGUUAUAGUAUUUUGUCAUAUUUGUUUCUCAUAAACAUCUUUUUGUA